AGGUGGAGGGUGUGUAAGCUAUGCCGCCACGAAGGAAAGCGAACUGCUGCGAACAGUGUGGCCGUUCGUUCAGAAGAAAGGAGCAUCUUGAUCGCCAUCGACGCACUCGUAAGGCUGCUCCCUCUUGACCGGCCACAGGCGCUAUUACUCACUCAGGACCUGACGUUGGAACUAGAUACGCAAGAAAAACCGUACGGCUGUGACUGCGGCUCAAGCUUCACCCGCCGUGAUCUGCUCUCACGCCAUGUCAAACUGCACCAUCCAAGCCCACCUUUGCUAGAAGAUUUUGAAAUCGCACAGCGAUCGCUCGGCCCUAAUUCUUCGUCUAUCCGACGCAAUGCUACCGGAACACGAGAUAUUUUCGUAUUCUACUCGCCUUCCCAUUUACAGGCCUCACAAGAAAUCAAUGACAUAGAAGCUCCUGCUGUAGACGCCAUUUCACCACGCCAAAUAUUCGGCCACACGCCAAUCUCAACAUUAAUCACCCCGGAAACUGAAAAUAGCCCUCUCCGGGGCAGAACAAAUGACAAUGAUCUGCAAUCUGAAAUCCAUGCUCUACAUGAAAUAUCAGACCCGUCCCGGGAGGAAUUUUAUCCUUUCGAUGAAUUUGCCAACUUUUUGUGGCUUUUAGGAUUUCCCGGAGAGUGGAGCUCAUCUAGCAUGGAAAUCGCCAGUGACUUAACCUCGGGCGAAAGAAAUAACAGCGAUCUGGUGACAAACCUCGAAACAAAUUUGAAGGAGGGCGACGAUUCUCCUUUUCAACACUGGCUUCCGAGUGUCCCGAAAAAGGAGCAAAGCCUCCACUCAUAUCAGGACAUGGCUUCCCGCCAAUUCCAUGAGCAGGACGGAUUUCUCUGGGUAGAUGAGGCUCAACGCGAACAAAUCCAAGGCUCGCUGGAGGAACACCGGGCCAUCACACCCGGCUUUAUAAUUCCCUCCAGGCACACGUUGUCCCGGUAUCUGGCUGCGUUCUUCGAAGGAUUUCAUUCUCACUUACUGUUCAUCCACUUGCCGACAUUUCGACUCGCCGAUCAUCCUCUGGAGUUAGUUUUGGCCAUAAUGUCUGCAGGGGCACAAUAUCGGUUUGAGCAUCAAAAUUCAAGGAAGUUCUUCACAGCUGCCAAAGCUAUUAUGUCACAGAAACAUCAUUUGCAUGAUGUGGCUGGGGCCUUUUCGUCGAUCGGAAAAGGUUCCACUGAUGCACCUAGCGACGUGAUCAGCGUGGAUGAUGAGUUGAAUGUCAUACGCUGCCUGCUCAUCCUAAUGGGUGUUGGGACUUGGCAAGACACUACGAUGCUCAAAGAAGCGUUGCACCUUCGGAGCCUGCUGGUAGGAAUUCUACGGCGAUCGGGUCUACAAGAAAUCAACCAACCUUCGAUCACUGACCACACGGACUGGCUGCGUUGGGUGAAGAAUGAAUCCAUUCGGCGAACCAAAUUGGCCGCCUUUUCGUUUGUUGACAUGUAUAGCAUUGCUUACAACAAUUAUCCUCCCAUUCGAAAUCAUGAGGUCAAACUGCGUUUACCAUGCCAGACGAGAUUGUGGAAUGCUUUGAAUGCGAAGGACUGGUUGGAAGCCUACGAAAUCGCUGGUACGGAUCAGCUUUUCUACCAAGAUGCUUUGUCUCGUUUGUUGCAGGAUUCGGCUUCUGCACCAGUUCUCAGCCCCGUGCCCUCUCCAUUAGGAAACUAUUAUCUUCUCCAUGGCUUGAUUCAACGCAUCCACAUUAUUCGUGAAUUAGGACUAGAUAUUGGUGAUGACUGCACGGAAUUUCCGGAGGUCGAGUCAAACAGGCUCGAGCACGCUUUACGCUCUUGGACCACAAUGUGGCAACAAGCCCCGGAGUCCAAUAUUGAUCCCGCCAACGAAAAUGGCCCGCUCGAUGCUUUGCUUAGCUUACUCGCGUCUCAACUUGAAUCUGGGUCCUUUCAGACAGCUGGAAACACGAGAUCCAUCUAUUAUCGCCGAGGCACUAGGCAGAUCCCCACCCUGAGAAACAGCGGAAGUAUCAUCCCUGCGCUUAUAUACGCUAUACAUUCUUUCAGCAUUCCAGUUCGCCUGGGUCUGGACUACGUAGCUCGGAGCCAAGCAUUUUUCUGGAGCGUUCGCCACGCGUUGUCAAGCUUUGAGUGCUUGGUACUACUCAGCAAGUGGCUAUUCCAACUGGCGGUCACUAGAGAGCCCAAUCUAAAUGCGAAGGAAAUACGUGUCCUACGCUGGACAUCACUGGUAGUUGAGGAAGCAUAUGACUCAAUAGAUUUCGAAGAAUCACCAAUAACGCGACACAGCGGCCCUGGGGAGUUAGGGCUAGGGGUUCUUGCGAUUUGGUCUCGUUUCUUUCAAAACAAUACCCAGUGGCAUUUUAUAAAUAUCCUUGGCCAGAGCUUAUCAUUGUACGCCGGGAUUAUGGCAGCUAAGCUUAACGAAGGGCCAUCGGAGGGCUUUGCAAUCAGGAUGCCUGAAAUGUCUAUUGAGUGGGCUAUCAUAAACCAUUCUUCUCAGGCAUCCAACUAUUGA